AUGGGUAAUUCACUUGGAACAUCGACAAACGGUCCGAUUAUCAGUGUUGAGGAUGCAAGAGCUCACAUUUCCGACGAGGAGUACAGGAGGCUCCAUGCAGCUUUUGCUGGUUUCAAGAAGCCAUUCAUCACUUUUGAUGAAUUCUGUUAUCACGUACUCGGUGGAGCUCCCAUUCCAGAGGACAAGCAGAAGGAACUAUUCAAGUUUUGUUCAAGGAAUGCUGACACCUUAUCUUUCGAGAACUUAUUAACAGCCCUCGUUGGUCUCUGUCGUAUAGAGCAUGUUCAAGAGCGUAAGUGGUUACAAGUUCCAAUAUAUGACAUGUCAAAUGAAUUCCGAAUCGCCCCUCUUUUUUCAAUCCUCCAUACUGUCACGG